CCUUAGUUGUGCUUCCAAACGGAUUUCAAAAGCUAUAGUGGUGGUUGUCUUUGUCUUGACUUCUCUCCUUUUGCGUGUGUAUUAUCAGUGUCCUUGUGUGGCUCUCCAGGUUUAUUUUGGGGGCCAUUUCGCAUGUUGAUUAUUGGGUGUGAUUCUUAGCACCCUGCACACGCAUUGCGGUAUCUUGGACAUUGAUCUCUUCUUCUCGAUCUCUUUACAACAACCGCCACUAUGUCCUGGAAGCUCACUAAAAAGUUGAAGGAGACGCACCUGGCACCCUUGACCUCAUCAUUUGGCCGGUCGUCGUCUACUUCGACGAUCAAGGGUGACGCAAAUGGUGAUGAGGCUCCGACGCCUGUGGCCUCCAACCCGCCCUCCGCCACCCCAUCAACGAACGGGAUCGCGGCCUCCGAGUCCCUUGUCUCUCCUCCUGUGGCCCCUGUGAACCCAGGAAUCCUUAUUGUCACUCUCCACGAAGGGCGCAAUUUUUCGCUGUCACCUCACUUCCAACAGAUCUUCAAUUCGCAUUUCCAAAAUAACUCUUACGCGCCCUCUUCUCUACGCCCAAGUACCUCUUCUUCCUCACAUUCAACUCAAAACCAAGCGGGUUCCUUUGUGCCAUCCGGCCGACCGCAGUCCACAAGCGGGGGAAUCAAUGCCGCUCCCACUAUCCACGGUCGCUAUUCCACCAAAUACCUCCCGUAUGCCCUCCUUGAUUUCGAAAAGAACCAGGUAUUUGUGGAUGCUGUGUCGGGAACUCCAGAGAGCCCAUUGUGGGCUGGGGACAACACAGCCUUCAAGUUCGAUGUGUCCCGGAAAACCGAGUUGAGUGUACAGCUGUAUCUGCGCAACCCUGCGGCCCGGCCUGGUGCCGGACGGAGUGAGGACAUCUUCUUGGGCGCUUGCAAGGUCAACCCUCGCUUCGAAGAGAGCCAGCCGUAUGUGGAGGAUCCGAAACUCAGCAAGAAAGACAACCAGAAGGCCGCCGCAGCUCAUGAUGAGCAAGGGCGCCAACUGGGUCAGCAGGGUGCUGAGUGGCUGGAUCUCCAAUUUGGUGUUGGCUCGGUCAAGAUUGGCAUUUCGUUUGUGGAGAACAAGCAGCGGAGUCUUAAGUUAGAAGACUUUGAUUUGCUCAAGGUCGUGGGCAAGGGUAGUUUCGGCAAGGUCAUGCAGGUCAUGAAGAAGGAUACUGGUCGGAUCUACGCCCUCAAGACAAUUCGCAAGGCUCACAUUAUCUCGCGAUCGGAAGUCACACACACACUUGCCGAGCGAUCGGUUCUUGCACAGAUCAAUAACCCGUUUAUUGUUCCCCUGAAGUUCUCGUUCCAGUCGCCGGAGAAGUUGUACUUCGUGUUAGCAUUUGUGAACGGUGGAGAGUUGUUCCACCAUCUGCAAAGGGAGCAACGAUUUGAUAUUAACCGAGCCCGUUUCUAUACUGCAGAGUUGCUGUGCGCUCUCGAGUGUCUGCACGGCUUCAAGGUUAUUUACCGAGAUCUCAAGCCCGAGAACAUUCUUCUCGAUUAUACCGGGCAUAUCGCUCUUUGCGAUUUCGGUCUCUGUAAGCUGGACAUGAAAGACGAAGACCGAACCAAUACGUUCUGUGGAACUCCCGAAUAUCUCGCUCCAGAACUUCUGCUUGGCAACGGCUACACCAAGACUGUGGAUUGGUGGACUCUCGGUGUCUUGCUCUACGAGAUGUUGACAGGCCUGCCUCCAUUCUACGAUGAAAACACCAACGAAAUGUAUCGCAAGAUCUUGCAAGAGCCUCUGACCUUCCCCAGCAGCGACAUCGUCCCGCCUGCUGCGCGAGAUCUUCUCAGUCGAUUGUUGGACCGUGAUCCCGUGCGCCGAUUGGGUGCCAACGGUGCUGCGGAGAUCAAGUCUCACCACUUCUUUGCCAACAUUGACUGGCGCAAGCUUCUCCAGAGGAAGUACGAACCCAGCUUCCGACCAAAUGUGGUGGAUGCCCGCGAUACUGAAAACUUCGAUGUUGAAUUCACCAGGGAAGCACCCCAGGACUCAUAUGUCGAUGGCCCCGUCCUGUCGCAAACCAUGCAGCAACAGUUCGCCGGAUGGUCGUACAACCGACCCGUGGCUGGCCUCGGCGAUGCAGGCGGCAGCGUUAAAGACCCGUCCUUCGGUAGCAUUCCGGAGUAGAGUCUCUCGCCGCGUCAGAUUAGAUCGAGAAUUCCCAGUGCCAGAAAGAGAGAAUAGGAGGUUCAUAGAGACCAUUUCCCUUUUAACUGCGUAUAUGUCUUUCUUUAACAUAUCGACCAAUCUUGUUCUUUUUUUUCCUUUUUCGCUCUGUUCGUCAUAUUGUUUGUUUUCCCAUCACAAAGGAGUCUGUGGCAUCUUGAUAUCGGAGUCGCUCCUGAUCUUCGAGACGACAUUGUUUCUUCUCGUUUCAGACGUCCGUUGAGCGCUUUGAUUUGAUUUUCUCGUCUUGUUCGGUCAUCUCCCUUCCAUCUCAAGUGUUCAUUCUCUCCAGGCAGGUUCCUUUCUUUACCCUUGGUUUCGUUGCUUUUCUCAAGCGGUCAUCGUCUGCCCUCUUGUUCUGUAUUCUCGAUAAAACUUUACAAUGGACAAUGCCAAAACAGUUUUGCAUCAUACAUA